AUGAGAAUAUUUUUCGACCUAAAAUCCAAAAGAUCGACGCUCGUGCAGACGAGAAAUUCAUGUCCUUCUUUCCACACGGCUCCGUACUUAUUAAUUGAUGUUGUGUAUGUUUCCCAUUUAAGCGACUUUGCUACACAACACGAAGCAGUCAGAAACGCAUUUCGUAUCGCUUUAGAAACAAAACGUACACUCAUUUUACCGCACGUUCGUCUUGGCCAAAAAGAAAUUCCUUGGACACCAUUUCCUAUUCUGAAGAAAUACUACGAAUCGCAAGAUAGAGAUAUCCUAAAACUAGCUUGUGCAAAAAAACAUGAUAACUGGUAUACGCAAUAUCAACCCUGUCGCGACUUAAAUCAAUGGGUUGAGCUACCUUGGUCUUCUUUCUUCGACCUCAAGGCAGUGACUGAUCAAUUUGGUAUUCGUAUCAUUGAGCGUGCUUGGGAUCACGGUUGGGGCGUAGAGGAACAAAAGUUAAGUCACUUGGGUCUGAAACAGGACCAGGUCAUUGUUGUUGAUGCCAACAGUUUCCCUAGUAAUGGAUCAGAUUGGGAACUCAAGGAACAGAUCUCUGUGGUCAAUAUUGAACAAGAAACUCAACAAAGCUUGACAUUAAAAUCGCCAUUAAAGACCUUGGUUACAUCUGAACAGCUCUUGAACCUAAAGCACCGCUAUAUUCAAUUUGGAUCACUAGUGUAUGGUCUUCGUUAUCAGACAAAUAUCAGUAAGCAACAAACUGCCUUACAAAAGGCCCUGCGAAGCACCUUAUUUACUUCGCCAAAUCAAUAUGGUAUUAUCAAUAACGUUGCGCGUCGGAUUGUUCAAGCACUUGGCGGUACUGGAAAAUUCAACGUGAUUCAUAUGAAUUUGGAAGCUAUUUUAAGAGUUGAACUACAGAAUCGGGCGUCCAUGAGUCGCGAAAAUGCAGAAAUUGAUGGCAAGUCAUUUGUCGAUAAGACUGUGUAUACAGAUGCAGAAGGUAUCCCGCUCAAAGGCAAUGAGCUAUUGAAGCAGUUGAGCAAUCAAGAUCAAUCUGACUUGAUGUCUGCUUUAGUAAGAGAAUUGAAUGGUGACAUGCCUAUCAAUCAAGCUAUUUCUGCUGCGUUACCUUUCCAGCCAUCGUUAUUAAAGGACUUCUUAUCCGUGUCCUCUAUCAAAGAGAGUAGAAAAGAUUUGUUGGCUGCAUGCAUUGAUUAUCGCACAAGGAUUGAUCCAAGAUAUCCUAUUUAUUAUUUAACAAACGAUGUCUAUGAGGACAUUGUUGCUCAUCCCGAGUUAUUUGGACCUCUUACCAAGACUUUCCCUUGUACUUUUACCAAACAUGAUAUCUAUGAGUGGGGUGUUGUAAAUGCAAAUUGGGCUAACCAGAUCAAUCUGUUGCAAGACGUGGACUAUGAAGACAUUCUUUCGCCUAUUGUGGAGAUCCUUGUUGCCAGAGAAGCUUAUUCUUUCUUUGAAGUACCAACCACGAAGCUGACUCGUUUGUUAUCAUGGCACUAA